UCAGUGUUGCAGCAGCAGGCUAGCUCAGCCAUUUAAAUGCAGCCGGGCAGACCACCCUCUCCACUACGGCUUUUCUGAGGAAAAUGACUUUUUAGCAGUUUCUCUCUCGUCCCAGCGCUUUUAAGCCUGAGGAUACGGGUAUGGUUUGGGAGAAUGGAAACGGAGGACGUGUCGGUUAGAGAGCAACUUUUCCACAACCGUGUGAGGGAGACCAUCAUCUGUGUACUCCUGUUUACAUGCCUCUACAUGGUGUCCUACCUCAUACUUACCCACUUCAAGAAGGCUGCAGAGUUUGUCACAGAUGAUACAGAGGAUGCCACUGUCAACAAAAUUGCGCUGUGGUUGUGCACGUUCACCCUGUCUGUGGCAGUGUGUGCUGUGCUCCUUCUCCCCAUUUCCAUUUUGUCCAAUGAGGUGCUGCUCACCUUCCCACAGAGCUACUACAUGCAGUGGCUCAAUGGAUCUCUUAUCCACGGAUUGUGGAACCUAGUCUUCCUUUUUUCAAAUUUGUCCUUGGUCUUCCUCAUGCCCUUUGCAUACUUCUUUACAGAGUCAGAGGGGUUUGCAGGGUCCAAAAAGGGGGUUAUGGCACGUGUUUAUGAAGCAGUUGUGCUGCUCUUGCUGCUGGCACUGCUUGUGCUGGGCAUUGUGUGGGUUGCAUCAGCCCUCCUCCAUGACAACAUAGCCAGGAAAAGCCUCUAUGACCUGUGGGAGUACUACCUUCCCUACCUGUACUCAGGCAUCUCUCUGUUUGGAGUGUUGCUGCUGUUGUUGUGCACCCCGUUUGGCUUGUCCCGAAUGUUCAGUGUAACUGGCAGCCUAUUGGUCAAACCCAGGCUGCUGGAAGAUGUGGAUGACACUUUAAACUGCACAACAUUUGAGGAAGAUGCUCUCUCUAGGAAACUGAACUGUGGCAGUACAUCAUGCUGGAUGAAGCUAAAUUUGGAGUCAAUGAAAAGAGAGUACCAAGCGGUCCAGAGCAAGCGCAUUGCCCUUGAAAUGCGGCGGAAAGCGUCCCCUUGGCAGAGAAACUUGGGCUUUCCACUGGCCAUGCUUGUGCUCCUUGGACUGACGGUGAUGUGUGUGCUGAUGGUCUGCUUUAAUGUGUUAGAGCUGCUCCUUGAUGAGACAGCCAUGCCCAGAGGGAUGGAGGACCCUCACCUGGGUAUGGCCUCCUUCUCAAUGUUUGGCUCUCUGGGUGCUGCAGUUCAAGUCGUUCUCAUCCUCUACCUGAUGGUGUCCUCAGUGGUGGGAUUCUACAGUUCUCCUCUCUUUACUAGCCUCCUGCCCCGUGCUCAGGACACCAACCUCACACAGAUGAUUGCAAACUGUGUUUCACUUCUCAUUCUGAGCUCAGCACUGCCCGUCUUUUCACGCACACUUGGAAUCACCCGCUUUGAUCUGCUGGGAGAUUUUGGCCGCUAUAACUGGCUCGGGAACUUCUACAUUGUCUUCCUAUACAACAUGCUGUUUGCUGGCCUCACCUCAGCCUCCCUCAUUAAGACGGUCACCUGGGCUGUUCAGAGAGAGCUCAUCCGUGCCUUUGGUCUCCACAGACUGCCUUUAACUGUUUCCCGCUCCACCGUCCCCUUCAGACUCCUCCUGGCCAGUGGACUGUCUAAAAUCCAGUGACUUUCUGCUUUGCCACUGCCUGUCUUAUCCUUGAGAAUCUGAGCCACUUCAAAUGUGCACCUUUUGGAUUAAAGGCAUUUGUAAUGAAUUCCCUUUGCCAGUUUAUACAUUGGUCAGCCCUGUGACAAGAGACUGGGGCUAAGUGACAGAUCUGUGGAAGCUCUAAUUGAAGCUGUGACUGAUAUGUCAGGAUCCACUCGUAUGACUUUAUAUAACUACAAGGACAAGUGCUGGUACAUGUUUUUUAGCUGAGUCAUGGUUAAGACUGGAACAAGGGAAAAGGGAUCUUUCAGUCCUGCCUUGUGGACAGUAAUGGGCAAUGCCCCUCCUAAAAACAUGAUGAAAAGAGGAUCCAGUGGAUGGCCGAUGUUCUGUCAACAUGUGGAAAGUCAGCAGUGUUCUUUUGAAAUAUUACUUUGUAACUGUGACAUAAUUUCCUCUUCCUGCUCCAGGUUGGUUGAGUGCUCUCCCUUUCUUCCCCACGCUUUUCCUCUCUUCAGUUGUAACACUAUUUUAAGAUUGGGAAUCUCACUUCCAUGUGGUCCAGUCUGCUCCAGUUUUUUGUUCAUUAAUGAGAGGAAGUUGUGGGGAAAAAAAGGACACAGAGUAGCCUGUUUGUCCGAGGAUCUGCAGGUUACAUACUGAAUGUGAGUGAGGUUAUAAUGUCGGAAUUAAGAGCAUUUUCUGUGGUGAUUUCUUAUUGAACAGGGUUUUUAUUUUUGUAGAUGUCAGUAAAUUUGAGUGAGGAUUACUCAUUUGAUUUACAAAAUUAGAGCUUUACUCUUUGUCUUAUGCAUGACUUUUGAAUGCCAUGUGACAAUCAGAGGAACUUUUGCCUUUGACCAAUCAAACUGUGAAUUAUUAAGAUUUUGUUUGGGAAAGUGCAAUAUUUUAUAAGCGACAUUCCACGUUUUAACUUUACCAAAAGUAAUUUCAAUGUGUUUUUAUGCUUUCUGUUAAUUUUUGUGAGUAUUUUUUAAUCGUAGUCCUGUAUGUUGUCUCUAGACAAAUGUUUAGUUGUGACACUAAUUUUUUAAAUAAGCAAAUGUGACAAUCAAAUCUCACAAUCCUUUCUGAUGUCGAUUUUUCUGCUUUGAUAACUUAAAUUCUAUUACAUUUGUCAGCUGUAUCUCGUGUUGGUGACCCUUUGUCACUGUUUGCCUCACCUGCUGUAUCAGCAGGUUAUUAGCAGUUGGUUUGACCAGCAGGGGACAGUGUCUCUUAAACCCAACACCAGCCUCUGUGUUGUGUUAGUCCGUCUUUGGUUAGUCAUUAUUUUAUGUAUUACAUGGAGCACUCUGAGGUUUACCCAUUUCACUUUUUCUGGGAAUUUUCUUUUGUUUUUGGGGAAGACACAUUUUUAUAAUGUACAGUUUGUGUCAUUAUUUAUGUGCUUGUUGGGAUAUCUGCUUCACAUGUGACAUCUUGAAAAUGUUGAAUGUGAUACAGUUGAGUUUUAAAAAUUUUAAGAAUGUUUUCAAAGCUAGAAAAUGUCAUUGUUUACCUUCGACAUGCUCUGAAUGGAGUUUUUAACAUCAUCAUUAACAGAAAGCAAUAAAAGUGGUGUGUUUUUAA